AUGGCCAUCCUCUGCAUCACCCAGGCUGGGGAGCUAGCCAUCCAUCUGGGGCACUUCCUGUCCUCAACUCCACCCUGCUCCUACCUCAUGCCAGAGGUUGGAGGCAAAACCCUCAUUGGGCCAGACCAUGGUCAGACUGUCAGUAACCCUGGCCAUGGCAGAAGGACCUUAGGCUUCCCAGGGGACUCCACCUUGGAGCCACCCAUGUUUAACAGGGCCACCACCACCUACUACACCCAGCUGUACCCGCAGACUGUGCCUCCCGCUGCAGCGCCAGGCACCUGCCUCGACGCCACCCCCCACGGACCUGAGGGUCAAGCUGUGCGAUGCGUGCCGGCUGGCCGGCUGCCGGCCAAAAGGAAGCUGGACCUGGAGGGGAUCGGGAGGCCUGCGGUCCCUGAAUUCCGGACCCCCAAGGGGAAGAGCGUUAGAGUGGAUGGCCUCCCCAGCCCCAAAACCCCCAAGUCACCCGGGGAGAAGACUCGCUAUGACACGUCAUUGGGGCUGCUCACCAAGAAGUUCAUUUACCUCCUGAGUGAGUCUGAGGAUGGGGUCCUGGACCUGAACUGGGCUGCUGAGGUGCUGGAUGUGCAGAAGCGCCGCAUCUAUGACAUCACCAAUGUGCUGGAGGGCAUCCAGCUCAUCCGCAAGAAGGCCAAGAACAACAUCCAGUGGGUAGGCAGGGAACUAUUUGAAGACCCCACUCGGCCGGGGAAGCAGCAGCAGCUGGGGCGGGAGCUGAAGGAGCUGAUGAGCAUGGAGCAGGCCUUGGACCAGCUCAUCCAGAGCUGUUCUCUGAACUUCAAGCACUUGACGGAGGACAAGGCCAACAAGAGACUGGCCUAUGUGACUUACCAGGACAUCCGUGCUGUGGGUAACUUUAAGGAGCAGACGGUGAUCGCUGUCAAGGCCCCUCCGCAGACAAGACUGGAAGUGCCUGACAGGAAUGAGGAAAACCUGCAGAUAUAUUUGAAGAGCACGCAGGGGCCUAUCGAAGUCUACCUGUGCCCAGAAGAGGUGCAGGAGCCCGACAGUCCUUCCAAGGAGCCCCUCCCCUCCACCUCCACCCUCAGCCCCAGCCCUGACUCCGCUCAGCCCAGCAGCAGCACCAACCUUGGGAUGACAGAACCCAUGGCAUCGUCAGCGCCAGCACUGAUGUCCCAGCAGGUCCCGCCGCCGCUCCUGCCAUCCCUUGUCCCCCUGGAGGCCACCGACAGCAUGCUGGAGCUGCCACACCCACUCCUGCAGCAGACCGAGGACCAGUUCCUGUCCCCCACCCUACCGUGCAGCUCCCCUCUGAUCAGCUUCUCCCCGCCCUUGGAUCAGGACGACUACCUGUGGGGCCUGGAUGGAGGGGAGGGCAUCAGUGACCUCUUCGACUCAUAUGACCUUGGGGACCUGCUGAUUAACUGAAUGGCCCUGCCUGCCCCCAGCAGUCCUGCGCGGUCUCUACCUCCUCUCAGACAGACCGACAGGCCCUUUGCCUGCACAGGACAGGGGACAUGAGGGUCCCCUCAGGGUAUGGGGACACCCCCUUUCCUUUCCUACCCACCCGCCGGCCGCCACUGUCCAGGGGGAUGUGGAGGAUAUGGGUGAGGAGCCUAUCAGGGGUUGGGUCCUGUCCUUCCUAACGGGAGCUGGGCCUGGGAAGGUCCAGCCAGUCUUCUGACCUCUGACCUCUCACGUGAAGGGCCACAGGGGAGGUGACCGGGUCCAAGUAGAGGCCGUGCCACUGCCUUGUGAGGGGCAAUUAGGACCCUCAACUUAUCAAGAAGCACUUAAUGCCUUUGUAUUUAUUUCAGGUUGAGUUUUGUUUGUUUGCCUUCCUUGAGUUUUAGCAGGGAGGUAGUUCUAGUUCCUAGUUUUUUUUCCUCAGACAGGCCCAGCGCCGUCCGCUGUCCAAGGGUAGGCCAGGGCUCCCAGGGGCCCAGGCCACCUCCCCGAUUCCCCAUAGCAGCAGGGGCAGGGCCUCUGAGGGCUGUCCAGCCUGCUGGAAUGCUAAUUGCACUUGGGCUGCCUAAUUAUAGCGAGCAGGGCUGCAGGACUGCUGGUCUCCUGUGUCCCAGAGCUGGUUCCAGGGAGCCAGCCCCCGCCCAGGCGAAACAGGAGCAGACCUCAUCCUAUGGAAUUCCUUACCUCUCCCUCCCCUUGGAAUGUAAAAAACAAUCCUCCAGGGAGUCAGCCCAGAAGAGCCCCUGGGGAAAAAGGGCCCGAACGUGGGAGCAGCUAUAGCCCUGCCAGGGGCACCUUUUCUCCAUUGUUGCCUCUCGCUGGGACAGGAGCUGGUUUACACUGAGGACCUGGGAGGCAGAAGCAGCCCCGCCAUAGACAAGAAGCUUCCAGAAAACACCUCUGGUAGCUGCAGGUAUCAUCCUUCCCUUUUCUGGAAGGAUUUUUUUGCUGUAUCUGUUGAAGGGAGUGAUUUUUUAAGGGCCUCCCCUUCCCCCCCAGCUCUCACACAGACCCCCAAGGACGGAAGUGACCACGGCUUGAUGGCAUGUUGGUUCCUUUUGUCACAGGAAUGCUGAAGGGGUGACAGGGAAGAGAGUCUUAUGUUGCAGACCAGACCUUGGCAGCUAAUGGGGAGAGGGUUUCUGGUUUCCUCUUCAGGCUUGGGGUCCUGAGAAGGCCUUUGGCCUCAUCCCCUCCCCCAGAGGCUUGACUGUCCAACAUUGUCCCUGUAACUCAGCUAAGUGUGGGGGUCAGCUCUCCUCCCCAACCCAACCUGGGGUGGGGGUGCUCUGGGCUGAACCAGGCUGUGCCUUCUGGAGAGAGGCAGCCAGGAGUGGUGGUCUGAGAGACCCACCACCCACCCUCAGGGAGCUUGGUUCCCUCAAGGGCUCAGCUGGGCAGCACUUUUUUUUUUUUUAAGUUUGUAGCAUUAAUUUGGUUUCAAGUACGAGGUUGGCUCCAUGGAAUUGUUCCUGAGCUGAUCUACUGGCAUCUAAAGUUUGGCAAGUGGACUUCUUUGGGGGCGGGGUCCAAUGGGAGUUAAUGUCCAGCUGUGGACAGUCAUACCUUGUCAUUUGCUCAACUUCCUGGGUCCCCAAGUUAGCACCCUCUCAGGAAUGAUCACAGAUGCCCCACUCUUUAAACAGGGCUAAUUUUGUAUGCUUUACAGAGGGGCCUUUGGUCUCCCUUCCCCAAAUACUCCCACGGGCCUCCUCAGAAGGCUGUUUUGAAGCCCAGUGUGCCCAGGGCCAAGGGACCACCUUGGCCCUUGGGUAGGGGAAGGGGGUGCUGCCUGGGAUCUGGUUUGUGGCAUGUGGGGCUGGAGACGGCGGUGCUGUUGUGAGGUUUCCGCUGGGCUGCCGUUUAGCCAUACACCAAUUCUGAGGGCAGAGAUAAUUGAUUUCUAUACCUUGGACCUCUGUCUAGAGCUUUCUCCUAGAAGUAAGGGAAAAGGAAGAAGAGGCCGUCAGGACCCACCAGCAAUGAAUUUAAUGGUGAAGUCUGGCCAGAAUUUAAUCUCAUUCCCCAAAUGCCCAGCCAUAAGGCUAGACAGAAGGGCUGCCCCUUGGGCCCAAGGCCGAUAUCCAGGGCAGCUGCCCCUACCUCUUCCUGUUCUGUCCCCUCCAUACCUGGCCUGGCCCAGAGGCUGGACCACCCAGACCAAGCCUCAGGCUCAGGGUAGGAAACAUGCUGGUGCCUCUUUCUUGCCAGUGACACCUGAAACCACCCAGGUUCCAUCAGGUGCUUUAGGAAGCAUUUUGAGUGGAAUUGCCUUCAGGGAACUGGUAAACUUUAAAACCAGAGUAGAAUAAAGAACAGUUUCUUUCUGAGGUACAUUAUUUCUACCAGGAAAUUUCCCAGCACCUCCAGCAGCGCCCCAUGUCACUCAUAUCCCCAGGGGCCUCCAAGGCUCAGAGGCUCCAGGGAACCCAGUAGCAUUAAAUUGUUCAUUAGACUUGGAGAUUUGAAGAGAUUUCUUAAAACCAGAGUAGUGUCCCUUCCCCAUGGCCGUGCUGUGGUCUGACCUGCCCGGAUGCAGGGAGGAGGAGGAGGUUGAAGCAAGUCAAAGCGGCUCUAGUGUGGUUUUGACCUUAUUUUCUCUCCCUGAGUGUUCGCAGCCUCGGUUUUGUGCCAUAUUUAGUCUUUAGUGAGUGUGGGUGUUCCGCGACCAAGCCUUGUGUGGCUUAAAGCGUCUGAAGCGAAAGCCUUUUGGGGUUGUUUGCAAGCAGCUUUCUGGUUCUCAUCACUGUGUUUCGAGCUCCCCACCUCAUCCUGGGACCCUCUUCUCCCACGGGAACCCUCAGUGACCAGAGCCCGGUCACCCUGCUGGCUCCUGGGUAAGUGAAGAAGCCUUGUAUGUGGCACAUGUGUCUAGAGGGAACCUGGUCCCUGUGCUGGGACUCCGUAUGGGUCACUUACCUCCGUCCUCAUUUCUGGUUUUGCCCUGGGUCCUGCCUUGAUGAGCACCGUGUGAACCUCCUUGUGUGGUAACGAUUGGGCAUUAAAUGUCAACUCUGGGUGCCUUGUC